AUGCCGCUAGCAUCACCUACCAAAGACGUCGACAACGCAGCUUGUGCAGCAUCAUUUCAUCGAUUCUUCGACUUGCCUGGGGAGCUGCGCAACAAAAUCUUGAAGCUCCUGCUCUCACAUCCUCACGGCGUCAGCAUUGGCAGCAAUGGCAGUUUCAUCCGCGUGCCUCCGCGGGAAGGAGACGCCAACGUGGUUGGCGCAAACCUUGAUGGACAGCACGGUCAAACGGUCUUGCCGCUGUCGCUCUUGUUAUCAAACAGCAAACUCGCCGAUGAGGCCGAGGCCGUAUUCUACACCGAAAAUGUCUUUUAUGCCAACGUGAAGACGAGGCGGUCGGCAAAAGAAAACGCACUGUCUGCCAGCUUCACCAUCCCCAAGCCGGAACCAAAGGAGCUGGGCCGCAACCACGGCUACCCGAGCGACAGUGAUGAUGAUGUCGACUACCGCUCGAUCAGUACCCGGACGCCUUGCCGCAACCUGAUGGGCAGCGAGGCUCGCUUCAAGAUCCGGAAGCUGGUCUUGAUCGUGCAGAGGUUCGGAGGAUCUCUGGGAGACGAAGUUGUCCCCGCGCUUCAAGAUCUUAUUCUCCGUGGCUCCCUACGCUGGCUCGAGGUCCGGUUCGAUGAUCGGGUGUCUCGGAAUAUGAUGGCCAGUCCAUCCGUGUCAUGGCAGUCGAGCAGUGGCGUGGUGGUGAGUAGUGCUGGUUCUGUGCAGAAGAGUCUGAAGAGGAGUGAGAAGAUCCUCGGCAGCAACGAGGCCUUCCUUGCGGUGCUCAGGCUGCUCAACGAUCCUGACCUUACCGCCGCCCGUGCCAGUGUUCCGCAAAAUGAGCACUCGCCGCUUUGGUGUCAAUUUCACGAUGACCAAGCCCACAAAAUUGGUAGUGAAUGUGCGCAGAAUGACACUACGACCUGCUAUGAUGAUUCGCACGACGAUUUCUCGUGCCAGGCAAGCAAAGGCUCGCCUGCGGCUGUUGGUCUCACAGCUCCCGGUUGGAUUGAGCUGGACCUCAAUUCCAUGCUGCGCAAGUUCAAAGGCGAAGACGCGAAAUGGUGGAACAUCUGA